GCCCACAAUACCUAGCCCUCAAAGCACCCUCUCUCUCCCUCCUCGACACAUGUCCUCUACCGGUAGUCCUCCUUAAUUCCCCUCCCUGCCCGCAAUCAGUUCUUCUAUCACGUCAGCUUGGGAUCUAACCAGACAAGCGACCUUAAGUCAGGCAGCGGCAGCAACAAGUCGAAAUUUGACACCAACGAUGCCUCCGCCGUCCCGAAGUUCGGGCUCGCAGAAUCUCCGGAAGAAGAAAGUAAUAAUCAACGUUUACGAUCUUCUCCCGCCCGGCCGUUUAUCUAGUAUAGUUUGGACCCUCGGUGUCGGUCUCCUCCACUCUGGUGUCGUUAUCAACGAUCGAGAGUAUGCGUUCGGCGGCCAUGACCGGCGAGGAUUGACUGGUGUCUACUGGACGAAACCGAAAACGGAGCCUCCGGGAGGAACUUUCAGAUCGGAAAUUUUGCAUGGUUUUACCUAUGCUAGCGACCAGGAGAUUGAGGAAAUAAUUCGAGAUGUGAGUUCUACCUCCCUGCCAUCCCACCAUUUGUCGAGCCACUUCACUCACAGCGAGCAGGCCUCCACCGAGUUUUUAGGUCCUACUUAUAAUCUACUUACCCGGAACUGCAACCACUUCACCUCGCACCUCUGCAUAGCCUUAACCGGGCAAGCAGCCCCGGCCUUUCUAAACCGUGCGGCUAGCAUCGGCGUCGCACUGCCAUGUGUAGUGCCUGCAGGAUGGAUCGAGCCACCUGAGUGUGAAGUUGCUGAUGAUGGGGCCGACCACGAUGAAAAUACACGGCUUACAAGGCAUGCCGGGGGUGCUGGUUCGGCUUCAAGGCGACCGCCUGGUGAUGAAGCAUGGGAGUCCAGCAGCGAAGGAGAAUACACAAGCGAUGGCGAAGACGAACGGCAGCGGAGGGAGAGGCAGCGGUUCGAGAGGAUGAAAGGCAGGAAGAGUGGUGAGCUUAGAGAUACCGAGGGGAGGGUGGUGCUAGCUGCGGAAAGGGCUAGGGUGGAUAGAACAGUGUGACGGGAAUACUGUCAUGGCCUGUUUCUUGUAUAUUCAAGGUGGAGUAUAUAAACUUAUGGACUCACUACACUCGGAUGCUGGUUGUUCUCACAUAUGGUUGGUCGAAGUUUUGCUGGUCAAACGUCGGAUCUUGGGGAAAGGAUGGCGGGAAAUGGCGCAAAUUGACUUUGUUAUAAAAUAGUACCACGCGCACUCUGGAUGCAUUCCCUAAUCCACCGCCAAUGCGACCGGAUUUCAAUUUG